AUGCUGGAGGCCCCAUGUGAUGACCUGCCGCUCGAGGCCUCGCGCCUGGCUGCAGAGGUGGACGCCCUCAUCGCAGAAAACGGCUGCCUAACCGCCGCGCUCGCCGGCGCGGCCGCAGCCGCGCCCGCGGCGCCGGCUGCGGGGGCGGCAGGGGCGCCAGACGCAGACGCAGGCGAGGGCGGCGGCGGCGCGGCGCGCCUGGCGGCGCUCGAGCAGCGGCUCGCGGCGCUGCGCGCGCAGGCGGAGGAGCUCGCAAACGACAAAAAGGCGGCCGACGCGGCGGUGGCCGCGCUUGCGUCCGAGUUGAUAAACACGCGCCAGACGGCCAACAUGGUUCUGUACCGCUUGUUGGAAGAGAUGCAAAAGAGCAUGCAUGGGGCCGGGCCAGGUGGCGCGGGCUGGGGGCCCGGCCACGCGCUGGCUAUGCCGUACGCGGCCGUCAACGGCGGCGAGUGGGGGCAGGCAGCGAUGGCCGCGAUGCAGAUGCAGGUGCAGCACCCGGCCAUGCAGAUGCACGGGCCGGCGCCGACGCACGCGCAGCAGCCGGCCCCGCCGGCGCGGGCCGCGUCACAGGGAAGCGGAGGCUCCGACUGCGGGGCGCAGCAGGCGCAGCGGCCAGGCACGGCGCGCCCCGCGGGCGUCGUCGCGAAGCCGCUGCCGGGCCCCCUGCAGCAGCCGCAGCCGCAGCAGCAGCAGCAGCAGCAGCAGGCGUCGCAGCGGCCACAGCAGCAGCAGCAGCAGCAGCAGCAGCAGCAGCAGCCAUCGGCCAAGAAGGCGCGCAGCAGAGACGAGGUCCUGACAGGCGACCAAAUGCCUCACGCCGCCAAGCGGCCAGCGCUUCAGGCGCCUCCCAGCGUCGCGGCGGUGGCCGCCCAUGGGAUGUGA